UUCACCCUUGAAGCUGUAGUUCCCAUAGAUCGGAUUCUGCCGCUGGGCCGAGAGAGCGCGAGCAGAGACGCCUCAGAGCCCGUGAGAGGUCAUGAACCCCGCCAUGUGAGCGCCGCGUGACGGGGAAGGGGGCGUGUCCAUACUCUUGACCUCGCAACUCGCGCUAAUGGCCACUAACCGCUGGUGUCUCAACUGCGUGAAGACUUGCGCUGUCCGCAAACAUACUCUGAACGACGGAAUGUUGUCUCGGUAAAGAAGAAAGAUCUCGGACAAGAUAAGCUCCUGUGAUAGGAAGUCCGCGCUCCUGUUUACACUAGCGGUUAGGACCGGCAUUUAACGCGAUUGCUGCAGAUGGUCCCGUCUGUUCGAGGCUCGAUUGCAUAAGAAGAACCCAGUGAGGACCAUGGCGGGCUUCAGGAUGCUUUUAAGAUCCAGCUCGGUCGAGGACGCUGGUCAGGAUACCCCGAUCCUCAGGGGCCCGCAGCCAGAUUCACGCUUCGUAACGCUGCUGGAAGCACUGAAGAAAAGAGAUUUAGCAAAUGUGAAGACCCUUCUUGCGCGCGGCCUUUCCCCCAACCACAGGGAACCCGCACGAGGCAACCGCACGCCGCUCAUCUACGCCGUAAAGCAUGACUUCACUGAAGCCGUCCUGGAGCUCGUGUCCGCGGGGGCGAAUGUGAACCUCGCCGACGCUGCGGGCAUCACGCCGCUACACAUGGCCGCGGGUGGAGGCCACAUAUCCUCUCUUAGGAUAUUGAUAUCACGAGGAGCCCCUCCAGACCCACUUGACAACCAUGCUCGCACACCCCUUCAUUACGCGGCCCGUGCUGCUAAUCCUGGCCCAGGAGGAAGCAACUUUGUGAGUGUAGUUGAAAUGCUGAUAAGUGCAGGAGCGCUGCUCGGACGUCGGGAUGCAGACGGCCGCCUCGCCUUGCACAAUGCUGCGACUGCUGGAAGCUCCAAGCUAAUUAAAAUCUUGGUGCGCGGGCGAGGGAGCUCCACCAUCAACUUCAAGGACAAGGAAGGAAGAACUCCUUUGCACUGUGCGGUACUGGGGGCGCGCUCGUUGGAGGCGGUGACCUCACUCCUGGACUUCGGGGCGGCCAUCAACUCACAGGACCGACACGGCGACACAGCCUUGCACAUGACGGCUGGGCGGCCCUACAAUCACGUGGACGACGAGUUCGACGGAAUGUGUUUGGAGCAGCUCCUGUCCCACGGGGCCUCGGUAGCGGCGAAGAAUUGCGAAGGACUGAACGCGCUUUCUCUUGCCCUUCGGCGGACCAUGUGGUGGGGACGACCCACCGCCAGAGACUAUGUGUUACAUGCCGUGCAGCAACUUGUGGCCAAGGGAGCCUGCAUUCAAGACGGGUUUGCAAUGUGGCGCAUGGUAGAGAGUUUUCCGUCGCUCGUACCCAUUGCCCUCAACAGAUCCUUUCGAGCGAACACCUCCGCUCGAGAUUCACCCCUCCUUCAGCUAGACCUCGAUUUCGGCCCGUUGACGGUCGAUAGCCAGCAGCUGUGCGAAAUCCAGCGGCAGAGGCCACACAACCCACAAGCAGAACUGCCCCUCCCGCCGCCCCUUCUUCGAGACUCCGAAGUGGCAAUGCUCAACUACAUGAUGUGGGCAGGGCGAAAGAGCCUUCUGAAGCACCCACUCUGCCAUGCCUUCCUUCACCUCAAGUGGUUUAAAGUGCGUAAAUACUUCCUGGCCAAUGUGUACUUCUACUUUUUCUUUGUCCUCAGUCUUAGUGCUUUUCUCCUUUCCUCCCACAACUGUUCCAAUGAUCCGGAGACUGCUAAAAACGUGACUUCAUUAGACGACGUGCCGUCUAACUCAAGUUCCCCCAGUUUCCCUUUCAGUGACCCAAAAAUAGAUGGGCCAUUGAGAUGUGGUUGGUCAGGUGAGCACGUGGUGGGACUCACAUGGUGGUGUCUAGUCAUAUUUAGUGCCUUAUUGGAUUUGCGCGAGAUCGUCCAGAUUUUGCAAAAUCCAUUCAUUUACAUUCGCAAUCUCGGCAAUGUGAUUGAUGCCACGCUGGUUGUGUGUGUGCCGCAGAUCCUGGUUAGUAGUCUGGAAAACAAAGAAUGCUGUCUGGCAGAGUGGCAGCAGAGUGUCGGCGCUAUAUCCAUUAUCCUGGCUUGGGUUCGACUGAUGCUGUUUACUGGACAGUUCCCCAGUUGCGGGGUCUAUAUCGUCAUGUUCUCCACUGUGGCCAAGAACGUGCUCAGGUUUCUACUCAUGUAUGUGCCAGUCCUUGUAGCCUUUGCUUUAGGAUUCCAUGUGCUGCUUCGCUCGAGCACCACCUUCCAAGACUUAGGCAAAUCCCUUGUUACUGCGCUGGUAAUGAUGACCGGAGAGCUAGAUUACGAGUCAACUUUCCUCACGCCGCAGCCUCCCAUAGCCUCCGAGUUGCAGGUGCUCUCAAUCUGCAUUCUGGUGGUGUUCAUUGUGCUGGUCUUCAUUAUACUUUCCAACCUUCUUGUGGGUCUGGCUGUGAGCGACAUGUAUGCUAUUAAACAAAGAUCAGAAGUGUUGCGUCUCAUUAGGCAUGUGGAACUGAUGGUGCAGGUUGAGAACCUCUUCAGGAACAGCCUAAUUCCCCGCAGACUACAGAAAUGUCUACUGAGUAGUAUCAGCCUCACUUCUGGUCUUGCUUCAGAUGUCACAGUGUCGGUCUAUCCCAACAGAACACAUGGCUUUGCAGAUACUAUAUUCCUGUUGCUUAUCAGAAUAGUCAGAUCAAGGAAGCUCCUUACCAAAAUCUUUGAGAUUUUUGUAUCAGGAUUCAUAGCCCCUGAGUAUGAGCCCUCACUCCCCUCUCAGCUCAUGGGCGAAGCUGUUAACAUGGCACUUAGAGAACAUGAACUGGACAAGCGAGAAGAGAGACUUCACCUCCGAGCAUUGCAAACAGGACAAAACAAACAGGCAGGGUCUUCCCAGCAAUCUAACUCCCAAGUACCAGUAACCCUGAGGUCAUCAAUCAUUAGGCCUUCUUGUGUAGAGAGAGCAUCCUGGAGAUGGACUCUGGCAAGUGACACUGAUGUAGAAGAAGAUGGAGACCUCUUCCACCCCUCUUUGCAGCAACAGCCAUCAUCAUGGAACUCACGGCAUCCUUCCAAUUCAGGAGCCCAGCGGAAUGUUUUGCCUGACUCACAUGCUCGUCUUGAAGAACUAAGGAAACUAGUUAUUAACCUUCAGGCAGCAGUUGAGACACUGUCCACAACGGUGCAACAAAACCAAAGUACAUUCAGAACUGUCCAUGGAGCACAUUCUCUCAAUGAUGUUACAGUAUAAAUCAUGCUGUUACUAUAUAUCCAUUACCUAGCAUACUAACAUUUUACAAGUUUGCUUUUAAAUUGCAAAGUUUAUUUAUUGAAUGUCAUAUGGCAUUUGGCAAAUAUUUUACUUGUGAAUGACAAUUUCGUAUAAAUCAAAGCAUGUAUGUACAUGCACAUAUUUAUACAUGAAUAUUUUGUUUCUUAGUUUUAAAGCAGUUUAAUAUAAAUGUACAGUUAUUUCUAAAGAAAACAAAAUCCAGUGCUUCAUUGCUGUACUUCAGAUAUUAUACUGUUAUUACUAUAUAUAGUUGAAAUGAGGAAACUCAAAUCAACAACUAAAUGUAAAUCUAAUAUCUGCAUAGCUUCAUGAAUAUAUCAAUAUAAUACUGAGUAAUUUGCUUCUUGCAAAUCAUUGUCAAGUGGCACUUUGGCCUUGGUUUUCCUGUCUCUUUUAGAACAGGGUAUCUGUAUAUUACAGUGUACCGGAUAUUCAUGUAAACUCCAUUGAGUAUAUGAAGGUGUGUAAUAUAUCUCUGUAUGUAUAUAUCAAGUAUAUUUAAGCCACAAUGCUGUAAGAUUGGUUUUGUAUAUAUAAAGAGGCCAGUGAGUACCUUAAGCAUUUGUGUAUAUAAAUAGUCACUAGGCUUUUAUAUUUAACUUGUCAUACAGAUAUAGUAUGUAUGGCUGGUUGUACUUACCUGUGAUUUUCAGAUAUAAUGAAAGCAAAUGUUAAAAUGCAAUAAAGGUACUUAUUAAUUUUGGAGGAUUUUGUCAUAGGUCAGGUUAAUGCUUGCAUUUUAGAAAGUAAUACUUUAUAUUUUCUGAGUAUGCUGUGUCAUUACUUGCAAUACAUACAGUAACUAAAAUGUUACUUUAAAGUUUAUGAUAUUUAUACAUAUAAAAUUAGUUAAAUAGAAGUAAAAACAUCAACUUCAACAUAGAAUUGUAGCGCUGUGUUAACAAAGUACAAAAAAGUUAAUGCAAGCUGGAUAAUGCUUACAAGUCUCUGUAACUUGUAAAGUCUAAACUUAAAUUUUUAGUGCUUCCGAAACCCUAUGAGAAACUUUGCUUCCUUUUGUUAAUGCUAGAUGUUAUGAACUGUCUACAAUCAAAAGAUUUGUUUCAGGUUGUUUUUAUGUGAGUGUAUAUCAACCCAAUGCCACUGGGGGAGGCAUGUAUGCACAUGCCAUGCCCACUGUGAGUUUACUUUAUUAAUUGUUUUUACACAGAGAUGGCGACACUUGUACUAAGUCACCAAUGAGCCAAUUAUAAGUCCUGCUUGUCUCGCCUGUUUACCCUUUUCCUUGAUUUAUGAAAAUAUAUACGCUAUCUUAUUUUGUUGUUACUAAUGUUUGUAACAUUAUAGUAAUUAUAAGGUCUAUAAUAUUAAUAAUACCAUCAAUAUUCAUAGCAUUAGUAAAAAAAAAAAAAAAAAUUUUCCCACCAAUUCAAGGAAAGGUGAAAUCAGGUAAGGUCACACCUGAUUUCUACUCAUUGGCUCCUUUGUGGCUAAGCACUUGCAGAGCCAUCUAUGUGCAGACAUUUAACGAAAAAAAAAAGAAAAAAAAAAGAGACCAACUUAUAUCAUAUUUUUCUGUAUUAUACAAUUAUUAGCAUUUAUUUCAUCCUUCACAAAACUACUGUAUAUGUACCUGGGCGAUUUUUAAGACCACUUUAUUUUUGUGUCAUUUUUGUGUCAUGUUGAAUUUGUGAUAAAUAUAACAUACUAGUAGCCUUAUCAUUCUUAUUUUCAUCAUUAUUUUAUUAUAUCAUCAUCCAUACAUUCUAGUUACUCUAACUGUGAAAAUGGUAUUAUUUCAUCCAUUCUUGUUUAUCUCCUUUGUCAUAACACUUUUAUCACCACCGUUAUCAUAUAUAUUUAUCUAAACUUUUUGUAUAUACUUAUUCAAAAUUUUCUUAUACAGACAAUAAAUCAUAUGGAAUGUAUCCAAACUUUCUAUUUUGAUUACUAAAAUCUAAACUGUAUGGAAAACACAUAAUUGCAAAGCAUUAUAAUGUUGCAAUAAGAACAAAUGUUUGUUUUAUGGUGCUGUAAUCUGUAAUCAUACUGAUGUGUAUACUUUAUGCUGAUUAUCUGAUGGAACUAUUCUAAGGUGUAUGUAUGUAUGUAUAGUUUUAUAUAUAAUACAAAACUUCUUUUCAUUAAAAAAUAAAUUUGC